CCAGACCGCCGCUUCUGCGUGAGGAAGCACAAGGCACCAUGGUGAGUAAGGAGCCCAGCAAAUGCUUACUCACCGCCUCGGACAGCGACGUGGAGCCCGCGGCUUCCCUGGCGCUGGAGAUGAAAUACGCGCUGGAUCCCAACCGGCAGAUCAAGAAGCGGAACAAAGCCCUGCAGGUGAGGUUCAAGGACAUCUGCGAGGCGCAGAACGAGCAGAGGGACAAGCAGCUCUCCAGCUCCUCCACGCAGGACCCCGACAAGAGGGAGGCCAAGGCCAUCUCCUACAAGACGGCCUAUCGCAAGUACAUGACGGUACCGGCCCGCAGGUCCAUCCCCAACGUCACCAAGAGCACAGGAGUCCAGACUUCCCCCGACCUCAAAAAGUGCUACCAGACCUUCCCUCUGGACCGGAAAAAAGGGAAUAUUCUGAAAAGCGCCUCGACCGUGGACACGUUACCGAGCGAGAACAACGGGUUCCUGCUGGAGGUGAAGGACAGGGAGGGCCAGGCCAGGAAGGCCGGCAGCCUGCAGACGGCCGAGUUCAUCUCCCACAUGUCCGAGCGCGCCGCGCACCACGGCGGCGCCGAGGCCUGGAAAAGCAGCGAUUUGCACACUUCUCCCAAAGAACCUCCUGCUGCUCUACUUAAAGAAGCACCUGCCGGCGAGGAGGAGCCGGCGCGGGGCAGAGCGAGCGACGAGGCCGCGCAGCCGCUCCACGGGAGGCUCUUCAAGACCGAGGUGGCGGCCGUUUACCUGCCGGCCUCGCGGGCAGAGCCGCCCGGCCUGGGCCGCUGGGGGCUGAGCCCCGACGAGGACGAGCAGAGGACGGUGCAGCUGAACGGGGUGCAGCCCCCCCCGCAGUGCCCGGCCCCCCAGUGCGGCCAGCAGGGCCUGCGGGUCAACGCGGCGCCCCCGGGGGACAGCCAGCCCUGCCGCGCCGCCCUGGCCGUCAGCCAGGAGUGCCAACAAAUCGUGCCUCACACCGAAGUUGUGGACUUGAAAGCGCAGCUUCAGAUGAUGGAGAGCCUGAUCAGCUCUAGUCAGGAGACCAUCAAAGUCUUGUUGGGUGUUAUACAGGAGCUAGAGAAGGGAGAAGCUCACAGGGAAGGGCUUUCCUAUCGGACCGGCCAGGACACGGCCAAUUGUGACACAUGCAGGAACAGUGCAUGUAUUAUCUACAGCGUGGAAUUGGAUUUUAAACAGCAAGAAGAUAAACUACAGCCAGUUUUGAGAAAACUUCAUCCUAUUGAGGAAACUCAGGUUGCACCUUUGCCUUAUUCUCAGGAGAGCUACUCCUCUACUCCCAAGCAAAAAUCCAAAACUGAAUCCAAAAAGCAUGGAAGAUGGAAACUCUGGUUCCUUUAACCCAAGUCCAUGAGGUGUGGAGUUCAAGGCCUUCUCUGACAAGUGUCUGGAGCUCUCUCCACCAGCCCUGAGGGGUGUGCUGGAAGCAGGAGUGUCCUGGCCGAGGGCAGCGUGCAGCUCCCACCGUGGGCACCCAACUGGAGCGAGGGACUCGUGCCCAGGAGCACGGGCUGGGGAGCCCCUGCCCACCUCCACCUGCAGCCUGCCAGGGUGGGAUGGAAAAGCUGAAUGGGAAUUUGGACCAAGAUGGGAAGUAAAACUGUUUCCCCCCCCUUGUCAGGUCUGAGAGUCGCGCUCUGACCUGUUAAACCGGGAUCCUGCUCCCACGGGAAUGGGGAAAGCCUGCUGGGGGUCUGGGGUGUUGUCUUUGGACAGCAGGCAGGGGGAAGAACAAGCAGCAAGCCUUAUGUCGGCAGUGGUGUUGAGUUUUACAGCUCCAUGUUGAUCGGGGAGUGCAGUUUUCAGCACAGAAUUCCUGGACAAAGCACAAUUUUCUCAUCUCCGAGACGCGACUGUGGUGUGUUCUCUGCCUUCAUGCGAUGUACACUCCCACCAAGCUCUCACAUUUCAGCAUCAUCUCUGGUUCAGCUGUGUCCUCACCACCAGAAGAACCACUGCUGCUCAGCCCCAGCAGGGGAGCAGCCAAAAACCUCCCAAAAAUCCAGCCCAGCCUUUAAAAGCACCUCCAGCUCACAGGGUCCAUGGGACAACCCCUCAGCAUCACCCUGGAAAGGUCUAAACGACACAGGAACAAACCCAGCCCCAAACCAGACCCAUCCCAAUCUGGAUUGCUGGCACUGGCCAUGGGUUAGUAAUUUUUUCUAAGAGUCUUUGGAAAACCUCUCCACUACUGCAGAAGGCACUGGGAGAUGUUGAGGCUGCAGCACUGCUUGGAAGGAGCUGAAAUUGGAAACGUUAUUUAUUUAUUAAGCUUCUCAGAUGGGUUUCCCAGAUUAUUAU